AAAAAUACAUUUGUUAGUGUGUCUGCCUCACAAUACGAAGCUCCUGCAGUCCUGGGUUCAAAUCCAGGCUCGGGAUCUUUCUGUGUGGAGUUUGCAUGUUCUCCCCGUGAAUGCGUGGGUUCCCUCCGGGUACUCCGGCUUCCUCCCACUUCCAAAGACAUGCACCUGGGGAUAGGUUGAUUGGCAACACUAAAUUGGCCCUAGUCUGUGAAUGUGAAUGUGAAUGUUGUCUGUCUAUCUGUGUUGGCCCUGCGAUGAGGUGGCGACUUGUCCAGGGUGUACCCCGCCUCCCGCCCGAUUGUAGCUGAGAUAGGCACCAGCGCCCCCCGCGACCCCACAAGGGAAUAAGCGGUAGGAAAUGGAUGGAUGGAUGGAUGGCCGUUUAACAUGAAAGCAAUUUGAAGAAAAAACGCAAGUAAUAUAUACAUGUAAACAAUUCCAUUUAAACUAAUCAGUGUCUCUGGAUUUAUCUCAGCUCAGACUUAAUAGAGUUCUUGGAAAAAAGGAUGGCAGCACAGUCCAUGUGGUGCAGGUAAAGGUGAAAAUUGUAAAGGGUUGGCUCGAGAGCCUCCUACCAGCCCAGACAGAGCAGGUAUUGGGGUUCCUGGCUGGAAUCUUUCAAGAACGAUCCUUGGACUAGAUGCUUCUUUUCCUUAGCUCGCCAUCAAAAAGAGAAGCCUGGCCUGUGAAAGAGCCAGGACCAUUUUUAUAAAUCCAUGUGUACACAAAAUAUCUUCAUUAAAUAAUACUAAUUGCAUUAUAAAGUAUUCAGAAUAGGUUCUAGUUCUUUCCUCAAUAUUGUACAAUAUAAAUCAAUAAACAUGUCAUAAUCACAAUAUGCAAUAAAAUGCUAAAACAGUGGUUCUCAACCUUUUUUUCAGUGAUGUACCCCCUGUAAACAUUUUUUAAAUUCAUGUACCCCCUAAUCAGAGCAAAGCAUUUUUGGUUGAAAAAAAGAGAUACAGAAGUAAAAUACAGCACUAUAUCAUCAGUUUCUGAUUUAUUAAAUUGUAUAACAGUGCAAAAUAUUGUUAUUUUGCACUACGGCCCGAGCUCCUCAUGCGUUCAGGAGGUUGACGUGGUAAAUUUGGGCGUCUCAUCCCCGAUUCGAAUGCCGAACCUCAUAAUGCACAUCAUUCACUUGCCGUGUGACCACAAAGGGUCUUUGCCACUCGGCGAGUAAUUUAGAGCUGGAUGUCGGGAGUAAACCAAGCACUUUCUCUCCUGGUGAAAAUUUUCUGAGCUGCGUACCUUUGUUAUACAGGCGCUGCUGACGUUCCUGGGCCCGGAGCAAAUUCUUGCGUGACAAGUGACCCAACGUGUGGAGUUUUGCUCUCAGGUCCAUAACGUAUUGCAUUUAAUUUUUGCUGGGGCUUGGACCUUCCUCCCAGCUUUCCUUAAUGAGCUCCAAAACCCCAUGCGGCUUUCUGCUGUAUAAUAAUUCAAAGGGUGGAAACCCAGUGGGGGAUCCAACCAUUUAGCCUAAUUUGGUUUGUCUCCGUGCACAAACUUACCGAUCAUGGAUUUUAGCGUCUUAUUCAGCCACUCUACCAGACCGUCAGCCUGCAGGUGGUAGACGCUGGUCCAAAUACCUUUAAUUCCCCAAAAUCCGUACAGUUCCUUCACCUUGUGUGACAUAAAAGGACGUACCCGGGUCAGUCAGAAUCUCUUUCAGGAUUCCGACUCGGGAGAUGACCUGAAACAGUGUUUGCCCCACAUUCUUUGCAGAGAUGGACCGCAGCGGCACUGCUUCGGGAUAUCGGGUUGCGUAAUCCACCAGAACGAGCACAAAACGAUAUCCCCGGGUGCUCGGGUGGAUUGGUCCGACAAGGUCCAUGGCAAUCAAUCAAUUUGGUAAUGGGCAAAGAGGCACCCUGGGGGUGGCCGCUGGAUUGACCGGCUGGCAGUUCGGGCAGGCCGCGCACCAGCGGCGCACGUCUGCCCGGAUGCCUGGCCAAUAGAAACGGACCAUUACCCGGUGGAGUGUUUUAUCAUACCCCAUGUCUGGCCAUGGGGUGGGAGUGCGCCACCUGGAAAACCAUUUACCGACGGCGUUUCAGCACCAACAACUGGGUGAUUUCCUCACCUGUUUGAGUGUCAUGACUCAGUCUGUAUAAUCUAUCCCUGAUUAACUCAAUGUGAGGGAAUACCCGCGCUGUUUCCGGGCGCACCAGCUGACCAUCUAUAGAUAUCACUUGCUCCCAGCCCGAGCACAGAGUGUCAUCCCGAGACCGCUCAAGUGGUAAGUCUUCCCCUGGGUGGCCUGGGGGGCCUCCCGCGGAGCCCCAGCCGGUUUCCCCCCGCAUAUUCCACUUUUCUGAUGGUCGUAAACGCAGCCCUGCACACUGCAUCAUUAGCUUAACAAACCCCACCCAAUUGGUACCCAGGAUUAAGGGGUGCGUUAGGUGCACACUUACAGCAACCUUGACGCUAUUCUUUUGUUUAUUGAAUUUCAUUUAAUAGUGAAGUGAAGUGAAUUUUAUUUAUAUAGCGCUUUUCUCAAGCGCUUUACAUAGUGACACCCAAUAUCUAAGUUACAUUUAAACCAGUGUGGGUGGCACUGGGAGCAGGUGGGUAAAAUGUCUUGCCCAAGGACACAACGGCAGUAACUAGGAUGGCACAAGCGGGAAUCGAACCUGCAACCCUCAAGUUGCUGGCACGGCCACUCUACCAACCGAGCUAUGCCGCCCCGGGGUAUUUGUGCACAUCUCCAUGAACACAUCUAAAUUUCACCCGUGCUGCCUGCCUCAAUGCCCUGGGUCGAACCAGAUUCUGGUGGAUCAUGGACUGCUCACAGCCCGGAUCCACCAUCGGCCGGUGUGUACUCCCCUGUACCCUUACGCAGUACGUCUCUCCCUGAUCGGACAACCCGGAUCACCUGCCCCACCUCCAUGAGGGGGCAUUCCUGCCGCAUGUGACCGGGCUGCCCGCACCUCCAACACGCCUGCCCAGGUGUUCGAGGGGCCGCCAGAGGGGUAAGCCCAGUAUCAGCCUGUGGGGCAGAGAAAAACAAGUUAUUUCGGCGACGCAGCCUCCGCUUGUGGUGCGCGCGGUCGGUGCGGCGCUUCUAUGGGACACGUUGGGACCUGCGAGAAAGUAGCAGACAUGUCUGUUAUGCUGCGCCGCAAGACCGGCACUGGGCGUUCGGCUGCUUCCGCAGUCCUCUCAUUCUGCCUUGCAAUGCACCGACAGGUGGUCCUCUGCCAGUGUUACCGCCGCUACCAGAUCCCGCAGGCGAUGGCAGCGAACCCAGGCCGACGUUGGCACCGCGAUCGCCUUGAGGAACUACUCCAAAACGACCAGCUCCACCACCCGGUCGUCGCUGUCUCCCGGCUGCAGCUAGCGCGUCGCCGCGUCUCGCAGCUGCUGCCCCAGCACAAACAGGCGUCCUCCGGUCCCGGGCGCAGCGCCUGGAACCGGCGUUGGUGGUCUUCCGAGGUGCAGCCGGUCUGGUCCAGCACCGCCUGCCUCAGGUAUGGGAAGCACACGCGGGAGGCCGCCAGUAGGCUAAGCGCCGCCCGGUGCACCUUUCCCGCCAGCAGCAGCAACAGUCGCAUGCCCCAUUCUUCCUCGGGCCAUCUGCACGCCGCCGCCGUGGCCUCGAAGAUGUCGAGAAACGCCUGGGGGUCUUCUUCCUCCGUCAUUCGUUGCACGGAGACGGCCGCUGACGUCAGCAGCCCCGCUCUGACCCGCUCCGCCAGCGAUUGUAGUAUUUGACCCUGCUGGGCUAACUCGAGUCGGACCGCCACUAAUUGCUGCUGGCUCGCCGCUGUCACCUCCGCAAGUACUUGCCCUAGUGACAUCAGUGGGUUGGACGCAGACAUUUUGGUCCUCAGGACUGUUGGGCGCCAUAUUUGAAGGUCUCUCUAUGCGGGUAGAGUUCUCCUGAGGCCAAUGGAUCUUCUCGAGCCCAGGUAGCAGGUUUGAACAAGUAUUUUAUUUGCAUAUACACCCCUGUGCAGGACUUUUUAGUCUCGUGUGCUCGUGGUUGAUUGUUUUUUAUGUCGUCAGGUGUGCGCGCUCUGCUCUCAUCCACUCUUUCCGCUCAUGGCGGCGGGUCCUGCUGAAAGGCUACAGGUGAUUAGAAAGUCAGUCCCAGCUGGGCACUCUACUCACCUGUCAGCUGGGUGUCACACACUCCAUUCCCGCAGGAGGCGCGCCGACCACGCCCCCCUCCACAGAAUCAUAAUAUGAUGCCUUUAAAUGAUCAUUGUUUUAGAGCUCAAGGUGCUGUUGCAGCCGAUAGUAUGGCUGCCUCCCUAUAGAGGGUGUCGCGUCCGAACGAGCUACAGUCAUUAUAACUCACCCUCUUUCUGGUUCAUUAUGUAAGAUACGACACGAAGCAAAAGGACGCCAUGUUACUAAGGCAUUGUUUAGAAAAGCAAAUGAUAUUACUCAUAGCAUAACAACCAUAACUUCUGUUUUUACAUCCUUUGGUUCAGGGCUUACCUGUGAAUGAUCACAGACAGUCAUGAUUGACAGCCAUGAACGCCAAUCAUUCCAGCCGGGCCAAGCGAGUUUUUCAUUUGCAAUUGGGACAAACAUAGACAUUUGUUUGUUACCGUAAACCACUAUUACUAGCUGGUUUGGUCAUAUUUUAGACUUAAAUUUUGUUUAUUUACAGCCCAAUGUAAACGGCACCAUUAUCGUUUGGUAAGAUUCCAGGCACAAUUGGACAAUUUUGGAGGUAUCACACUAUAACCACAAUCAUAACCAUUGCUAAAUAAAUAACUCUCUGACCGUGUCAAUCAAAACUAGCAGGAUCUCCUUAGAUUCUGCAGGUGUAUCGAAUGUUAAACAGAAGUGGUAAGUGUGCUUUGGACUUAGCAGAAGUGAUCACACGCCCAAAGACAUAUGCAUAAUCAGGAUUUGUAAUUUUCCAAGUCUACUUGAGAGGCACCACUCCACAAUACCUCAGGGGCACAAACACUCAAAAAUUCACAUUUCAUGCAUGCCGGGCUGAUAAUAUCAGCUGUGUCUACUCUGAAUAAAAUAACAUGGUGAGCUGGAGGUAUAAUAUACAACGCUCUUCAUUUAAUUUAUCUUGCACACUUAUGACUCUGCUGUCUCCUUGAAGUUUUCCUUGAAAUCUGAGGGUUUGAACAUUUGUAUUUGUAUUGUUUCACUCUUAUCUGACGGCCAUAAUUCUGGCUCACAUGUAUUUUUUGUGACGAAAAAAGUUUUUUUUUAAAUACAUGUUUUUUGUAUUUAUUAUUGUUAUUAUUAUUAUUAUUAUCAUCAGUGGUUUAAUGUGAAUAGAAGUUAUUCAUAAAAAAAUAAUGCCUAUGUGUACGCAAAUUCAUGUGAACUCAUAAUCCACUGAUUAUUGAAAAAAUUUAUAAUUUUAUUCAUCUCAUUGUCCGAGUCAAACCUUCUUAACUAUUCAUUCACGAGAACUUAAUUGACUAUUUAAUUUGUUACAAAUUAAGUGCAGGAACUGAAAAAAACAACAUGUAAGACAUUUUUAUGAAAUAAAAAAGGGAUGGGAUUAGAUAAGAUCAGCUUCUUUUUACUUUUCAGACAUGUUAUAAUGAACAUUUGGAAAUACGUGAUGUACCAUAUCGUAACUGUGUGCAUGUUCAAAAUAAAUCAACACCAUAACUUAAAGAGGACCUGUUAUGCAAAACCAACUUUUCUUACCUUUGAGUUGAGUAUUUGGAAAACUUUAAAUCAAAUGAUGGAGGAAUGGCGGCGAUAUUUAUAAAACAAUUGUGCCUUUCUUCAUACUUCCUCCAAAAGAGCCGUUUAGAAUUUGGCCAAUUUGUUACGUUUUUCUCAAUUGUGAUGACAGCUGGUAUCUCCAUUUAUGAUAAAAAUGUAUCUAAAGUGCUUUGUUCAGGUCCGCUAUUGUAGUCUGUGCUAUAGUCAAUAAGCUCCUUCAUUUUCUCUAUCCUCGUUAUCCUCUCAGUCUGGCUCGUACAUGCGCAUGCAUCUUCCGUUGCUGCCAUUUCUAAUACAAAGUAGCAUAUUGUUUGAACUUAUAUCUGUCAGUAGAUUCGAUAUGGAAGCACUAAAAACUACAACAUCGAUGGCUGGAGGAGGACACAGUUGAAGUUGAGGCACGUAAAUAAGACCGCUCACAAAACGGGGCAUCCUGAAGAAACGGUCAAAAAGUAUCUUGAAAACGGUCUCUAAAAUAUACAGUAAUCUAUGCGAACAUUUGACCAAAGCACCACCAUUACAUGUUAUGUAGACCACAAAAAAUGUUUUGAAUGUAAAAAUGAUAUAACCCUUUCGAGUUAAAUCCAACUUGUAUCACUAUCUUUCAUGUGAGUACAGUAUGUAGAUAGAUACAUAGUACUUUAUUGAUUCCUGUGAAGGGCAGCACGGUUGAGGAGGGGUUGGUACGUCUGCCUCACAAUACGAAGGUCCUGAGUUGUCUGGGGUUCAAUCCCAGGCUCGGGAUCUUUCUGUGUGGAGUUUGCAUGUUCUCCCCGUGAAUGCGGGGGUUCCCUCCGGGUACUCCGGCUUCCUCCCACUUCCAAAGACAUGCACCUGGGGAUAGGUUGAUUGGCAACACUAAAUGUUCCCUAGUGUGUGAAUGUGAGUGUGAAUGUUGUCUGUCUAUUUGUGUUGGCCCUGCGAUGAGGUAGCGACUUGUCCAGGGUGUACCCCACCUUCCGCCCGAUUGUAGCUGAGAUAGGCACCAGCGCCCCCCGCCACCCCAAAGGGAAUAAGCGGUAGAAAAUGGAUGGAUGGAUGGAUGAUUCCUGUGAAUAUGUCAGGGGGUGACUAUGAAUUGUGUGAAGGACUAAGGAUGAAAGUUAUCUGAAUGCUGAAUCUGGUGCGCCUAUAAAUUGUAUAUUAAUAACAUCAUAUUGAUAUGAUAAUUAAAUCAAUGAAAAAUGUAAGCAGUGUCAAGCAUUAAAAGUGUGAAUAAACCCUUGUGAAAAGUUUUGAGGGGAAAAGUACAAGCCUCGGGACUGAAACAAAUCUGGAAUAAAAAAAAAUACUGAAUAUUCAUCAUCUCCAUUGUUAAACCACAUUCCAUCCAAAUAAAUAAUUGAGUAUAUAUUGCAAUACAAAUGUUGGAGCACACAAUUUUAUAAUACAUAUUUACACUAUUAUUGUCUGUUUUACAGACUGGAUAUGAUUCUUCCCAUUUCGACUAUUUACUUGACACUCUCUUUCUCU